CUACUCUCUUAUUUUCCUCCCUUCAUUCCAAACAUAGGCUAUGAGGAAAAGCAUUCUCUGUUCGUCUGUCCAGAAAAUAAAGGAUAGAAAAUUAAAAAUGAAAAUAAUAUAAAAAAAGAAAAACAUUUUUUGGAAAAGGAGAUAGGCCCAAAGCGCAAAAGCCCAGUCCAGAAAUUGAUUCAUCUUGGGAGAGUUUGAAGAGAACAUAAUUUCUGCCACAACAGAAAUUGCUAGAAUCAUCUAGCUAAAAGCAAGAAAAAUAAAAGAAAUUAAAAACAAAGUGUGCAUUUCUGGACGUUUUGAUUUGAAUUCAGCAAAAGAAAAGGAAUGAAAAAAACAUUGGGAAAAGCUGAACCUAAUAAUUAACAAAAAUGCCAGAUGCCAUGGACGGUACGGACACAGAGAUGACGGAGAGAGAGUCGGUGCCUCAAAACGACGCCGUAAGAGAGUUGCUGGCGUUGGCUCGUCAGCUUAUAAAUCAGGGAAAACCUACUCAGGCUCUUCAAGCGGUUGUCAUGGCAAUGCGUACCAAAGGUGGGGAUGAGGCUGUGUUUCAGUCCCUGCAUCGUGCUCGUGAGUUGUAUAGAAACAGGGUGCAAGAGAACACUGCUGUUGAUCAACUUGCUUCUUUGUUUGCCGAGUGUGCAAUUGUUGAAGCCCAGCCUUCCAAAUCUGAACCAUCAGCACAUAAUGUAGGUGGACCAUCAGUUACACCAGAUGCUCAUGGAAACUCUAUACUCGCAGAAACAGGAAGGAUGCAAAUUGUGUUGGAUGCAUUCUCAGAUGGGAGCAGCUUCAUCUGUUUACAGUGCGGAGGUCUUGUUAGUAACCAUCGCAGAGAUGAGCACUAUGCUUACUGGUGUUGCAAUAUCUGAUGGGGAGAGAACAUAGAAAGAGUACAUAAAUUGCAAUUCUCUUUGACAUGCUUUCCUACCCUACCGUUGCCUACUUAUACAUUUGAGUACAUAAAGGACAUGAUUCAAAGGAUAUUUUUCAUCAUCCGAUAUGCCAGAUGUGGCCAUCCUUGGUCAAAAUGUCAAUUGCAUGAAGAAUAGUUUACAGGCCAUUCACGGGCCAAAAGUUUUUAACAGGAAAAAAGAUGUGCUCCCCUUGUUACAGUAGUUAUAGAGUGUUUGCAAUUGGUUUGACAGAAGAAUCUGAAUAAUCACAUGAAUCAGAUUAGUGUACUUAUAUGUAAUUUUGUAAUCAUAUUGAAGGCAGUUAUUCUUCAAGUUUCUUAAUGGUGUUACUUUUACA